GUGGACGGUGCGGGGACGGAGUGUGGCCGCUGCUCCCCUCUCCCGGCUCCGGGGCGGCCGCUCUGGCCCUUCCGGGCGGCGCCGCAGCCUCAUCCCGCGCCACACGCAGAUGUGGGAAGACAAAUGAAGGGAUUUAGAAACCAAAUAAAUGCCAGUGGAAAGGAGAGCUACCAUCACUAAGUGCUGAACACGAGUAAACUCAUUUUCAGAGUUAAAAAAUUAUUAAAAAAACAAGAUGGGGACUCCUGGUUCUGGAAGGAAAAGAACACCGGUGAAAGAUCGAUUUUCUGCAGAAGAUGAAGCUUUGAGUAACAUCGCCAGAGAGGCUGAAGCAAGGCUAGCAGCAAAGCGGGCCGCCAGGGCAGAAGCAAGAGACAUCCGCAUGAGGGAACUGGAACGACAGCAGAGAGAGCCUUCUCAUCAUUCCUUUGACCGGAAAUGGGGAGAGAUUCACAAGUGGCUGGAAGAUUCAGAAAGGGCCCGGUAUUCUCACCGAUCUGGUUACCGCCGUUCUUACCUGGGAGUUGAGGAUACAUUGUCUCUUCGAAGCCUUGGCAGUCACAGGUAUGAUUCCGUCAAGGACAGAUCAUCAAGAGUUUCAUCAUUAAGUCAUUCUUACAGUCACAGCCUUGGGAUGAAGAAGCGACCCUCUGGUUCUCAUAAAGACCCACUGAGUGGCCUCUACUUUGACCAGAGAAACUAUAGCAGUCUUAGACAUAGCAAACCUGCCUCUACCUACUAUUUCCGGUCGUCUUCUCUGUGCAGUGAGCCGAUGGGGACAUCCAAGAGUCAGAGCAGGGCUUCCCCUACUGUAACUUCUGGUCUGCUGAGAAGUUCCAGUCUGGCGUCAUUGCAUGGUGGUGGAUUAUAUAACCCUUACGGUUCACGAACUCCGUCCGAAUACAGUUACUGCUCAUCCAGAGCAAGUUCCUCCAGAAGCAGUCCUGUGCCCUUCGAUGAUGACACCGCAAGCAUUGUGUCUUCUGAUCGUGCCAGUCGUGGGCGAAGGGAGAGUUUGGUUUCUGCUGCUGAUUACUUUAGUCGCUCCAAUCGUAGGGGAAGCAUUGUCUCUGAGGUGGACGAUGCCGGCAUCGCAGACCUGACCAGCUUGGAUGAAAAAUCUGACAAACAGUAUGCUGAAAAUUACACAAGACCCUCAUCUCGAAAUUCUGCGUCAGCAACAACACCUCUAAGCGGAAACUCAUCCAGACGGGGUAGUGGGGACACCAGUAGCUUAAUAGACCCAGACACCUCAUUAAGUGAACUGCGGGACAUCUAUGACCUGAAGGACCAGAUACAUGAUGUAGAAGGGAGAUACAUGCAGGGGCUUAAGGAACUGAAGGAGUCUUUGUCUGAAGUAGAAGAGAAGUACAAGAAAGCCAUGGUGUCCAAUGCACAGCUAGACAACGAGAAGAACAAUCUGAUCUACCAGGUGGACACCCUCAAGGACGUCAUCGAGGAACAGGAGGAGCAGAUGGCAGAGUUCUACAGAGAAAACGAAGAGAAAUCAAAGGAGUUGGAACGGCAGAAACAUAUGUGCAGUGUGCUGCAGCAUAAGAUGGAUGAACUCAAAGAGGGCCUUCGGCAGAGGGACGAGCUCAUCGAGGAGAAUCAGCGCCUCCAGCAGAAAGUAGACACCAUGACAAAAGAGGUGUUUGACCUUCAGGAGACCCUGCUCUGGAAAGAUAAAACAAUUGGGGCCCUAGAGAAACAGAAAGAACACAUUGCCUGCCUCAGGAAUGAGCGAGAUGUGCUCAGAGAGGAGCUGGCUGACCUGCAGCAGACAGUGAAGACAGCAGAGAAGCACGGCUUAGUUAUAAUCCCAGAGAGUACUCCCAAUGGCGACGUCAAUCAUGAGCCAGUGGUUGGAGCCAUCACUGCUGUGUCUCAGGAAGCUGCUCAGGUCCUGGAGUCAGCAGGAGAAGGGCCACUAGAUGUGAGGCUGCGGAAGCUGGCUGAGGAAAAGGACGAGCUCCUGUCACAGAUUAGAAAACUGAAGCUCCAGUUAGAGGAAGAACGGCAGAAGUGUUCCAGGAAUGAUGGCAUGUCCGGGGACCUGGCAGGGCUGCAGAACGGCUCCGACUUGCAGUUCAUCGAGAUGCAGAGAGACGCCAAUAGACAAAUUAGUGAAUACAAAUUCAAGCUUUCAAAAGCAGAACAAGACAUAGCUACCUUGGAACAAAGUAUCAGCCGGCUUGAGGGGCAGGUGCUGAGGUACAAGACUGCUGCUGAGAACGCCGAGAAGAUUGAAGACGAGCUGAAAGCAGAGAAGAGGAAGCUACAGCGAGAGCUCCGGACAGCACAGGACAAGAUCGAGGAGAUGGAGAUGACCAACAGCCACCUGGCAAAGCGGCUAGAGAAGAUGAAGGCCAACAGGACAGCCCUCCUAGCCCAGCAGUAGGAGGCGGCCCCUCCACCGGUGCUGCUCUGAGGGCUCCGCUGGGAGAUACUGACUCUUGUACAUUGACACAGCCCCUUCCAGUACUGUUUGGAGUCUUGUCAUUAAACAGCCACCUUUGUAUUUUAUAAUUUAUGAGAAUGAAGCAGGUUUAAUUGUUAUGG